AUGCACACCAUGUAUUCGACGCAUUGCUCCUCCGCGCUGCCAGUCUCUGCGGAUGUGUUGCGCCCUGAUUCCAGAUGCAUUUCGUUGUUUUUCGUCCGGCUUGCUGAUGUUGUUGCCCGUUCUACUUCUUCGCAGAGGUCGACUCGUCCGUGCUCAAUGCCGUCGUGGUCGGACAUCCCGCUGGAGCUGGCCGGUCUUGUGCUCCGCCUCCUGCCCACGUACGCUGACCGUGCCCGCUUCGCCGGAGUGUGCCCCCAGUGGCGCUCUGCCGCGCGGCAACUCCCCGUGCCACCACCACUGCCCCUGCUUGCGCUCCCCGACGGCACGCUCUAUAGCCUACCCUGCACCCAGCCGUUCCGCUUUCCCGGCUGCGGCUUUGCUGGAUUCAAUAGCGCCUGCAGAGGCUACCUCGUAUUCCCACAGGACGACAUAUGCUUCCUCGUCAACCCCUUCUCCAGGGCCACCGUGACGCUCCCUGCUCUGUCCAGUGUCCGUCUCUGUCCCCCUAAUGCUGAUCUGAAGAAUGUGCCUGCGGAACCUUCUACCAGCACAUGGCUGCAUAUCAAAGACAAGAAUCUCUGCUUCAGGAAGCUAUUGCUAUGCUCGCCGAACCUCGUUGCAGCAUUCAUCAACCAUGGAGUCACCGGCCAGAUUCUUGUGUGCCAGCCGGGUGGCCCAUCAUGGUCAGUACGUGCCUAUGACAAGUGUAAGGCGUUUGAAGACAUGGCGUUCCAUGGAGGCAAGCUCUGCGCCGUCUCCCACGAGGAGGACCUCUUUGUUGUGAGCAUCAGCCAGGACACAACCACCGGCAGUCCAGAGGUUUCUCGGAUUCGACUGGUCAUCAAGGGUGAUGGCAAUCCUGAGUAUUUGUUAUGGACCGAGGACACUAGGGUUGAUAAAAAGCUCUAUUUGGUUGAAUCUCAUGGUGCGUUGCUGAUGGUGCGCAGGAUGAUUGUCUCUAGAUUGAUACUCGAUGUAUUUGUGGCUGAACGGAACGAGUUUCAGGUGUUUGAGGCUGACUUCAAGCGAUCACAGUGGGUCAAUGUGAUGACCCUGGGGGAUGACCAGGUGCUUUUUCUUGACCGAAGGUGCUCUCAGGCUGUACCCGUGUCUCAGUAUGGGAUGCCAGGGGACCGUAUCUUUUUCCUGGAUGAUGAUGAUGAGCUGAAUUUCAGAAAUUUCUUUUUCAAAGAUGAUAACGCUUCCAUCAGUGUCUACGAUAUGACAAGCCAGGAGGUUUCCUCCCCUCUGCCCACAGUCUGCUGGGACCGUGACAGGAUGCGCCUUGCGACAUGGCUACUCCCUUGGAAGAACUGA